CAACCCAGUGAGCGGCGGUGUCAUGGCGGCCGAGAACGGAAAGAAGCGUGGUCUCGAACAUUUGGACGAAUAUGAACCUAAACCGGCCAAACAUCUGCGGAGUCUCCACGAUCGGAUGAUGGAGCGGCGGUUGGUGGUCGUCCUGGAAGGUGCGUCGCUGGAGACGGUCAAGGUUGGGAAAACCUUUGAGUUGUUAAAUUGUGACCAACAUAAGAACAUGAUCAUCAAGAGUGGAAGAGAUCCAGGACACAUCAGACCAGACAUCGCACACCAGUGCCUGUUGAUGCUGAUGGACAGUCCGCUCAACAGGGCGGGGCUGCUGCAGGUUUAUGUCCACACAGAGAAAAACGCUUUGAUCGAGAUCAAUCCGCAGACCCGCAUCCCCAGAACCUUCACCCGCUUCUGCGGCCUCAUGGUCCAGCUUCUCCAUAAGCUGAGUGUCCGAGCCGCUGACGGUCCGCAGAAGCUGCUGAGGAUGAUCAAAAACCCGGUGUCGGACCACCUGCCGCCCGGCUGUCCCCGGAUAGCCACCUCCUUCUCUGCUGGAGAGCCUGUCUGUCCCAGAACGUUAGUGCCUGAAGGGCCAGCAGCAGUGGUGAUUGGAGCAUUUGCACAUGGAGCGGUGAAUGUGGACUACACUGAGAAAACGGUGUCCAUCAGCAACUAUCCACUGUCUGGAGCUCUGACCUGUGCCAAAAUCUGCUCGGCCUUCGAGGAGGUCUGGGGGGUCAAGUGACCGAGUUGAGGGGGUCGAGUCACUUUUAUGAAUGGACUUGUUGAGAGGAUUGUGUGUGUAUAUAUGU